GCUCCCAGCUGCGGGAACUUCGCGCAGCGCUUUACCUCGGGGGUUCGUUGCUUCUGCACCUUCACACGCAGGGUGAUGGCCAGGAAAGGCCUCGCUGCUCCCAGGCAUCUCCAGCCGAGGGAUAUUUGCCUCCACCGGAGGAAAUGCGGUCAUUUCGGCCCUGGUAAAACAGAAGCGGGAAUGGAAUGUCAGCCAGUGGGAGUUUCCUUGUGCCUUUAAUGUGUCUGCAGGAGCUGGAGUUCAGGCGGGAGACCCACGUGCAGAUGAGUGCGUGGGUCACAUAAGAGCUGUGCAUUAAUACUAAUGUACAUAUCCAGCUAAGUAUGUUGGAUUUACAUUGAAACAAAACGGCUUGAGAUUUGACCUCUGCACCUUCAAGCUUUAAAGCACAGAAAAUAGUGUAUCACCUGCACACUGAUUCUCAGAGUCACUUAAAUACUGUUGACCAACCUCUUCUUACACACUCUUGUCAAGAGUCUCAUUAUCUCCCAUGGUACUCAGCUACAUCCAUUCCACUUUAAUAAGUUCAUUAACAAAAAAGAAAUGACUUAAAGGAAAGCAUGAAUUAACAUGUAAGUAUAGAUGUGAUGGAGUAGAUUCAAACCACCGCUUUAGUACCAUCAAAAGAACAUUCAUUCUUGCUUUCUUGGCUGGUAAUUCAGCCUCCUAGCUGAUACAGUGGCUAUCAUAACAGUUUGGUACUUGUCUUUGUUCAGCUUUAUUUCCAGUUUUAUCAGAGAAUGGGAAAUCUCUGAUUCAUUAAUAGUAACAAUGCCCAGAGAUAUGCAGUUUUUCCUAGAUAAGCCACCCCAUCCACCUACAGCCACUUUGUUACAGUCCAUUUUCCAAUAUACCCUGCUCUGCAUGCAAGGUACAUAGUCUCUUCCCUUUGUUGUGGGCUGAGAGUCCUGUAAAUCUAAAAUUCUAGGAGUUAGGUCCCAGACACACUUCAACUAGUUUUGCCAACAAGUUGAUUUAAUCAUUAAACAACCUAUGCAGUUUCUUUUCCUUUUUUCCUCCCUCUCUCCUUUUUCAAAAGCUGCAUGAAAAAAUAAAUUAAAAGAGAGAUAGUCACUUCUUGAUCAUCCUUUAGAAAGACCUCUUUUUACCAUAACCCCAAAUACUGAACUGAUAAAUGUGUUCAAUGAGGAGCCCCAAUCACUUAAGAGCUCUUCCCACUUUUAGCUACCUAAUGUAUGAUCAAAUAUACUGUGUUCACAUUGUAGCAAUAAAGUUUUCCUGCUGAGGUUCUCCUGCUCUUUAUUCCCAUAGGAAUGCUGUCCAUAAGCUCUUUCAACAAUAUUUACCUGUAAAAUAGAUACAAUUUUUUCAAGUAAGUUCAAAUUCUCAAGCUCUGGUGCAAUAAAUGAAUAUAUUUUAUGUUGCUUUAUGCAUUUCUGCAGGGCUCUUUGCCAACUGAUAACGAACCUCUUAUUAUGAGCACAGAAGGGUCACGAUAUGAAAGAACACAGACAAAGUCUUCCAAUAAUAUCCAGUAAGGCCUAAAAGACACUUUUGUUGGUGGUAACUACAGAGCAUUUCAUUAAAAUUGAGCUGUUUAAAUCUUCCUAUUUAUAUGUUUGUUGAUGUUAUUCUGUUCAAAGAAAACUCCUGCAAAUUUCCCCAAGACUGUAAAAGAAUUUAAACAACAAUAAAACUGUAUAUGCAUGUAGAGCUGAACAGAUUACUAGAGAGCAAAGUAUCAUCAUGUUCUAGUUUCAGAAAGCAAUGACCCUUUCAAUAUAAGCUUGAAUUGCUCUGUGAGUUUCAGUGUAUGCAAAUGUAAGAGCCUCUCAACUAGUUAGCUUUAUAAAGGGUUUACACUUCAGCACUAGCGUCCUAGAGUAAGGCAGGACAGAAACAGUACUGUAACAUCAAUGUUGCUUUUGGAACGUCGUUUUAGUUAACAUCUUCAGAAGCUCAACAGCUGUUGCUUGUGCUGUAGCAAACCAUAGAACUACAGUCUCUAGGCGCUACCUUCAGGUCUGUGACACAAAGUAACUCCAGCUGAAUGUGAUUCCAGGGAUUCUGCACAGUUUACUCUUUUUAUCACCAACAACUAAGUAGGUCAUGGCUGGUAGCCAGCAGUCUGGUUAGGAGGCACAAUAAUAUAUAAUAGCGUUAUAGAUUUUAUGCCAAAAUCAAUAGGCUAAUAUUUGUUCCAGAUCCUGGAAACUCUUCCUGUCUAAUUAGUAAACAUCUUUAGGAUCAACAUCAGAGGAAUUCUGCUUCUUCAGGAAAGAAAUUCAAAAUGUUGUCUCAUAAUGAAUCACCCACACAAAAUACAAAGAAAAGAAAGAAAAAGAAAAAUACCUUGUUAUAUAGGGACAAAGCAUCUUUCCCAGAUUAGCAGGGCCUAAGCCUGUAGUGUAGUAAAAUCCAUCUUUUCCUAAAGCAACAAAAUCUACAACCUACCAGUUCUGUAAGUCAAUCACAUCUUCUUCAAACUGUAACCGUCUUCAUUAUAACCAAAUCAAAACACAUAAAACCUUUCCAUCUUUCUCUAUUGCAACACAAGAAAUCACCAAACUCUCUUCCCCUCCAGAAAUCCUUUUAAUAUUCUCCACCUGUAAAAGAUGCCCUCCUACCUUCAGCUGGGAUCCACUUUGAAUUAGCCAUGUGAGAAUCAGGGCAAAACACUGGAUUUUUUUUUUUUUAAGUCUACAAGAGUAGUGUUAUUAGUUAAGAUGUCCUACUACUUAAUCAAUGGAAUUAAACAUUGCAGUCCUGUGAAUCAGAUUCACAAAAUAACAGGAGCUCUGUUUAAAGUGCACCUAUUAAGGAACACAUGGGGCAUCAAGGAGCAACAAUUAAAAAUCUCACGUGCAUUGUCUCAGCUUAGUUCUGAAAAGGCAAACUCUUAUAAUUAUGUCAUUGUUGGAGCUGGAUCAGCAGGGUGUGUGUUAGCCAACAGGCUGACUGAAGACCCUCACAGUACCGUACUGCUUUUGGAAGCAGGCCCUAAAGACACCCUUUUAGGUAGUAAAAGACUACUGUGGAAGAUUCAUAUGCCUGCUGCAUUAACUUAUAACCUCUGUGAUGAGAAAUAUAACUGGUAUUAUCACACAACUUCACAGAAGCAUAUGGAUAACAGAAUUAUGUACUGGCCCCGAGGAAGAGUGUGGGGUGGUUCCUCUUCUCUCAAUGCAAUGGUAUAUAUUCGUGGGCACGCAGAAGAUUAUAAUCGAUGGAGCAGAGAAGGGGCUAUAGGAUGGGACUAUGAUCACUGCUUGCCCUAUUUUAAGAAAGCGCAGACACACGAGCUGGGAUCAGAUCGGUAUCGAGGUGGAGAAGGACCUCUUUAUGUGUCAAGGGGAAAAACAAACCAUCCUCUUCAUCAAGCAUUCCUGGAUGCAACCCAGCAAGCUGGGUAUCCCUUCACAGAUGAUAUGAAUGGUUAUCAACAAGAAGGAUUUGGCUGGAUGGACAUGACUAUACACCAAGGUAAAAGAUGGAGCACAGCUAGUGCUUACCUUCACCCAGCUAUAUCUCGCCCCAAUUUAUCAGUUACUGAGAAGACGCUUGUAACAAAGAUCUUGUUUCAAGGAACAAAAUCCAUUGGUGUUGAGUAUGUGAAAAAUGGACAAAGGGAAAAGGCUUUUGCCAGUAAAGAAGUUAUUUUAAGUGGAGGUGCCAUAAAUUCUCCACAGCUACUUAUGUUGUCUGGGAUUGGCAAUGCAGAUGAUUUAAAAGAACUGGGGAUCCCUGUUGUAUGCCACCUUCCUGGAGUAGGCCAGAACCUUCAAGAUCAUUUAGAAGUGUACGUCCAGCACAAGUGCACAAAACCUAUUACUCUAUACAGUGCACAAAAGCCAGUUAACAUGAUGAGGAUUGGUCUAGAAUGGCUAUGGAAGUAUACAGGUGAGGGAGCCACUGCCCACUUAGAAUCUGGUGGGUUUAUCCGAAGUCAGCCAGGAGUUCCUCACCCCGACAUUCAGUUCCACUUUCUCCCUUCUCAGGUGAUUGAUCACGGUCGGGUUGCUUCCACGAUGGAAGCUUACCAGGUCCAUGUAGGACCCAUGAGGAGUGCAAGUGUUGGCUGGCUAAAGCUGAAGAGUGCAGAUCCAAAGGACCAUCCUAUCAUUGAGCCUAACUACAUGUCGGAAGAAAGAGAUAUUUGGGAAUUCCGCCAGUGUGUCAAGUUGACCAGAGAGAUCUUUGCUCAGAAAGCUUUUGAAAAAUUUCGUGGACCUGAAAUUCAACCAGGAAACAACGUUCAGUCUGACAAAGAAAUAGAUGCCUUUAUAAGACAGAAGUCUGAUAGUGCUUAUCAUCCUUCUUGCACUUGUAAAAUGGGUCAGCCUUCAGAUAGCACCGCUGUAGUUGAUCCCCAAACAAAAGUAAUUGGUGUUGAAAAUUUGAGAGUAGUAGAUGCCUCAAUAAUGCCCAGUAUAGUCAGUGGGAACUUGAAUGCCCCUACUAUUAUGAUAGCAGAGAAAGCUGCAGAUAUAAUUAAGGGGCUCCCAUCACUUCAGGAGAAAAACGUUCCUGUAUAUAAGCCCAAGACCUUGGAGAAACAACGAUAAACACUGUUGUCAUCCUUUCACAUUUUUGCCACUUAGUUUUUCAUCUGUGUGUUUGUAUCUCAAUUGGAAGGGCCAACAAAAUAAAUACCAUAGAAAAAUACACAUCACAGUAAAGCAGCUAUUAAUUUGGUCCAUUCUGUUAUACCAGGUUAGAUAUAUAUAUAUAUAUAUUUUAAUCAGUUGGUUCAAGCAGUUUAUUUUAGUUAGACAGGAAGAGAUCAGUGUGAGUUAUUUUGAAAGUCUUUAUGAUAUGUCUUAUUAUUUAAAGGAAGAAUUUUAACUGUUUUGAGAUUAUUACCCAAGAUUAUAGCUACUCAGUAAUUCCCACAUUCUGCAAAGUAAAUGCAAGCAUUUAUGUACUUACAGGCCAAAGUAGUAGUAUCAGAAUUCACAGAAGAGACACUUAACAUGUCCAGAGCUUGUCAGAUGUGUUUUUUAUGGGAAGAAUGCAUAAUUUACAAAUCUUUACUAGAAGUUGGACUUUACCAUACUUAGCACUCUUAACUUAGAAAAAAAGACAUAAAAUACAUUUAUCAAAAACUUUUCUUCUAAUAAAUGCAGAAAUAGAACUGAUAUUUAUAAAAGCAUAUUGGAAAGCUGGAUUUUACCCUUGCUUUUUUUUUUUUUUUUUUAAUUUUUUUCAAGAAACAGUAGAAUUCAGUUUGCAAUUUAAGCUCAUUUAGUUGUGCUGCUUUAUCUUGUACCAUUGUAAGGGAUCCACAUGCCCAAUAAUUUCCAUAAAGUUACUGAUCUUUGCUCAAAGAUGAGUGCAUGCAAAUAUACUCAAUAGUGUGCCCAACUACCAAUCAAAAAUAAUUAAAAAUAUUUAUAGCUGAGGUAGCUUUAAAAUGGAAGUUCAUUCAAAAUAACUACAUUAACUAAGAUAUCAGUGAUAUGAGUAGAGAUCUUCUUGAAUUCAAAGGCAAAUGACUUACUCAGUAAACCAAUGCUAUACUUCAGUUAGGGCUUAAAUCUUUGUUUACUAUCUUCAGAUAUGUCAAACAAAUGCAUGAUCUUCAUGGCUGUUUCUGUGUGUGUCUAACUUACUGGUGCUGAACUGAAAAACAAAGGAACAAAAAUAAUACACCUAAAGAAAAGGAAUUCAUUAACUGGAACCAAAUCCAUUUAAUUUUAUGGAUUUGUUAAGUAGUCCAAGCUAAUUUCAGACUAAAUAAUUGUUGAAUUAUAAAGCAAAUGCUUCUAUACCUUCAGAUUGCUCAGUAGUUCCUGUGAACAGAAUAUGCCUUUCUUUUUCCCCAGGAAAAGUGGAAUUUUACACCAUUUGAGCAAACUGAAAAAAAAAACAAAUUUCAAAAAAGCUGCUGACUCAGAUGUUGGCUAGAGGGACAACUGCAGAUGUUUAGGGCAGAUUUUUCUACCUAGUGCUGCUGCAAAGUAAUGGUUGGAAGCCCUGCUGCUAGCUGAGAGAAAGGACUUAAUUGAUCAGAGUAUCUGUAUAAAGAGUAAAUAAAAAAUUUGAAGAUGGAAGGGGAUAGAAGUGAACAUCACUCCCAAAGGAAACAGGUAAACCCUUUCUAUGUACGAUAUAUAUUUGCCUGGAAUGUGGGGAACAAAAAGAAUAUUUUAAGUCAGAGGUGAUUGAUUGGCUGUAUUAGUAAGACAAUUCACCUGCCAUGACUGUGCCUUUAGGGAGAGCAUGAAUUAUGUAUAAUGUACCACUUUUAUAGUAACUAAUAGCUUCUAUUCAGCAGCUAUUCUUCUGAGAUCUUCAUUUAAAGAAACUCACUGUAUCUUAGUGUCAUUUAGGAUAUGAACUAUUAAGGAUGUUCAGAAUAAUACCAGUGAUGAGACUCACUGCAGUCCUGUGCACUUGAGAGAGGAAGCAAUUUGGGAAGAUGUGACAGUGAAGUUCCUGCGUUUGCAGAUUCACAACAUGGAUUUCCAAUCCAGACAUGCAGCAUGGGAAUUGUUAUUAUGCAACUGCAGAGGAUUAACUAGUUGCUAUAUUACAUAACUUGAACACACACAGAGCUGUCAUCUGCCAUUAUUUCAAGUUCUGAGAGAUUAGGAAAUGAUGAGGUUAGAUAAACAUAUAGAAUUUCAUGUGUCUUACAUUCACAUGUCUUGCUGCUUUUAACAAUCAAGGUACGCGUUGCUGCAUUGUGUAAUCAGACAAUCAGGCAUUUGUUCUGAAGCAUCAUCUUUUCUCACAGUUCUAAACAUACAGCCUUGCAAGUUAUUCUAAACAUUUGAAGAUUUUUUUCACUGCUGCGCAGCUGUAGCUGCCUCAUUAAUUUAGACCUCACCGCUACAGAACUUCAUGUCUCCUUCAUGCAUUUCCUUUGAUGUAGUCCUAAGGAAAUUCUUCAGGUAUUUGAAAAUGUUGUCCUGGGAUAAUUUUUAGGUAGCAUCAAGCAGCCAUUAGAUUCUCCUGCACUCUGUGUGUCUGCUGGGAUUGAAUUUCUGUUACAAUUGUUCUUACUCCUAGCAGAGUUCAGUCUGCUAAGGGUGCUUAGAACAGAUAAAAAUGUUCUAAUGUGCUCUGUGGAGCACUGGGAGCCUGCAAGUUAAAUAUCAGCCACCUACACACCUUAUGAAUAUUGCGGAUCACAGGACAUUAUUUAACAAAAUAAUAUAGUGGUUAAGCAAAUAUUAUUUCCAUUUCUAUUCAGAUAUUUUUUCUGUAGAUAAGCAGAUGAUAGUACAUUAUGUAUUCAAAAAGAGUUCACUGUCAGAGUUUUUUGAUGUAAGAAUUGGGAAAUUCCUAGACCUGCCAGCCUGGCUUCAACCAGCAAUGGUACUGUGAGUGCCAGCAGCAGCAUUUCCAUGGGAACAGCUUGCUGUGGGUGUUUUGGAGACAGCUGGAUGUCUCUGGCAGGGGGCAAUAAGAUUAAGAAAGAAAAGUGACCAAACUCCUUUCUUUCUGUACUUGAAUCUCAGUUCAAAUUGCUUUAGUAUGAGAAGUGCUAUUAAAAGCAGCAGAAAAUAGCUGUAUUUGUAAAACUGCAUUUUGUUUCAUUUAAGGACACUCAAGAUUGUGUACACCAUUCCGGUGAUGUUCUGAUGUUUCUCCAGCUUAAAAUACUUUAAAAUAAUUUUCAAGUGUAUGAUUUCAAUUACUCUGCAACUAAGUAAGGCAACUGGGAAAGUAAAUAGUGGGGUUGUUGUAACAGACAUUUUCUGUAACAGAAACAUAUUAGUACAUCUUAUUAAAAUAAUAGUUACAUGA